ACAUUUUGCUAAUCCACUGCCGUCAUAAUAAGAAAGUAUAAACACCUACCCCGUACUGAUCAGUUACCUGCUCCCAUUCAAGAACUGAUGGUCUGAUGCCAAGAUCAGGGAAACCCUUCUAUAUAUCCCAUUCAAGAACUGAUGCCAUGAUCACUAGCUGAUUCAUGCCAGAGCUCUGAUUAAGCCGGAGAGGCAAAUUGAACUAACCAAAUUAAGCUAGCAUUGGGCAAUGGGGUUCGGCGUGGUGUCCCUGCUCGACGCGGCGUUCCGGCGCGCGUUCACCUCCGCCGGCCUCCGCCCCGGCUCCGCCGCCGUGGACGCCGACACCACCGUCCACUUCUGGGCCCACCGCUCCCUACUCCUGCCUUCUUCGACGGCGGCGGCGACCACGGAUCAGCAGCGGCCGGUGGUGGUGCUCAUCCACGGCUUCGGCCCGGGCCCCACGUGGCAGUGGGCGGCGCAGGUGGGCCCGCUGUCCCGCCACUUCGACCUGGUGGUCCCCACGCUCCUCUUCUUCGGCGCCUCCCGCACGCGCGCCCCGGCCCGGUCCGAGGCCUCCCAGGCCGCCGCCGUCGCCGCGCUCCUCACCGGCGGGCGCCACCUCCCCGGCCUCGUCGGCCCCGGCCGCCCGGCGCUGCACGUGGUCGGCGCCAGCUACGGCGGGAUCGUCGCGUACCACCUGACCCGCGCGUUGCUGCAACACGGCGGCGGCGUGACGGUGGGGAAGGUGGUGCUCUGCGACUCCGACGUGACCAAGGGACCGGAGGACGACCGCGCCCUGGCGGCGAGGGGCGGCGUGGAGGAGGUGACGGAGCUGAUGGUGCCCGCGGACACCAAGGUGAUGCGGCGGCUGACGGCGCUCUCCUUCCACCGCCCGCCCAAGUACAUGCCCGAGUGCAUCGCCCGCGACCUCCUCCGGAAAUCCUUGGAGGACCGAAGAGAGGAGAAGAUCGAGCUCAUCAAAGGGAUGACCACGGCAGAAGGCUCCCAGCUUACUCCUCUGCCUCUGGAUGUGUUGAUCAUAUGGGGAGAGUUCGACCAGAUCUUCCCGCUGGAGAAAGCAUACAAAGUGAAAGAGAAGCUUGGGGAGAAGGCUACGGUGAAGUUGAUUCCGAACUCGGGGCACCUGCCGGCGCAGGAGGAGCCCAAGCUCUUCAACCCCGUCCUCCUCGAAUUCCUGCUGCAGCCUUCCAACUCCAACGGCAGCGCCACCGUCGCCACCGGUGUAGUGUAGCUGCAAAAUAGCUAGCUUUGGUCUGACGUGGCCCGGCUGGCUCGAGCUUGCAGCACGUUUGACGUUUCCACACAGUUACUGGGAGAGGGGGAAAGUCUAUGGGGGCAGUAUUUAGUAAUGCUAAUGCUAUUUAUAAACGUCUUUGUUACCUUGUUUUAUCA